AUGAAUGACACAGUAACUUUCCAGACCAGGAUGGUCACAACCAACAAACUGCUUCAUAGGAAAAGAAAAAUGGUCAUUGCCAACUUUCACCCUGAGAAAGCAACAGUGUUUAAGACAGAAAUUUGUGAAAAACUGGCCAAUAUGUGUAAAGCCACACCAGAUGUCAUCUUUGCGUUUAGAUUCAGAAACCAUUUUGGUGGUGACAAGACAACUGGCUUUGGUGUGACUUGUUAUUCUUUGGAUUACAUAGAGAAAGAUGGACCUACACAUAGACUCACAAUUCAUGGCCCAUAUGAGAAGAAGAAAACAGCAAAAAAAAAACAACACAAAAACAUAAUGAAGAAAGUCAGGAGGACUACAAAGGCCAAAGUUGGUGUGGACAAAAAGUGA